UUGUAACCCGGAUGUUAAUACUGCGUAGUGUACCGGAUGUUCUUUCAUUUUAGCUGAGAUACGAAAAUGGGCAUGCUAAUUGUUAGCCUCGUGAAAGAGUGUGAAAUUAUACACUUUAAUUGUGUUUUCUGAUCUUGAAGGAGCUAGUUAAGGGUUCAACCAAAAACGUUAAGUAAGUAUCUACGGUAUUUCAAGUUAAAUGACUUUGAAUCAAGGUAUUAACUCAAGGAAACCUAGCUAAGGAAAGCAGUUGAAGUAUUCAGACACAAUACAGAAGUUGUUGGGAUCGUCCACCGCUAACACAGUGAUGACCUCACAGCAGCAUUCCCUCCCCAAUGCAAAUGUCAACCCUCCCCUCCUCAUCCCCCAGAACUCAUUAGCUCACCCGAGUAGGCCUCACAUUCAUCCAAACCAGCUGGACUCUACUCAGAGUAGUGCUGCCGGGCACCCUGCCUCCCACACAGGUCUGAUGGGCGGUGUGGGGUCCUCGUUGGUGGGGACCUCCAGCGGAGUUGCAGUGAAUAGGGGCACGUUGGCCUCCUGCACUAACUCUGCCUCCUCAAGGACGUCCUCGUCGGGACGCUUUGAACCCUGGCCCGAGGAGGCCGUAGACAAUGCUUACGGCUUGUACUCACUGCACCGCAUGUUCGACAUAGUGGGAGCCCAGCUCACGCACCGCGAUGUGCGAGUGCUCUCGUUCCUGUUCGUGGAUGUCAUUGACGAGUAUGAGCGCGGUGGCAUCAGGAGUGGCCGGGACUUCCUGCUGGCUCUGGAGCGCCAGGGGCGAUGUGAUGAGACCAACUUCAGACACGUCCUGCAGCUGCUUCGCAUCAUCACACGGCACGACCUGCUGCCCUACGUCACACUCAGGAAGAGACAGACCGUGUGCCCAGACCCAGUGGAUAAGUACCUGGAAGAGACGUCGGUGCGUUAUGUGUCCCCCAGAAGAGGAGGAGAGAGCAGGGAGGCUGCACCCCACAGAAGGACAGGUCCCCAGCCAGUGAUCUGCUGUUCUCCAUCGGGGACCCAGGUGGGCCCUUCCCGCACCAAGCCAGGCCCCCCAUUACCCAGCCGCAAAAGAAAGAGGGCCUACGCCAUAGGUGACUGCAGGGAAAAGCAAACCUGUGACAUCCGCCUACGAGUGCGUGCUGAGUACUGCCAGCAUGAAUCAGCGCUUCUGGGAAACGUUUUCUCCAAUAAGCAGGAGGCUCUGGAGAGGCAGUUUGAGAGGUUCAACCAGGCAAACACUAUCCUCAAGUCCCGGGACCUGGGCUCCAUCAUCUGCGACAUCAAGUUCUCGGAGCUCACCUACCUAGAUGCUUUUUGGCGGGACUACAUCAACGGCUCCCUGCUGGAGGCCCUGAAGGGUGUCUUCAUCACAGACUCACUCAAACAGGCAGUGGGCCAUGAAGCCAUCAAACUCCUGGUCAAUGUGGAUGAGGAGGACUAUCAGGCUGGCCGCCGCAAGCUGCUCCGGAAUCUGGUCACAGGAGUGGGGGCAGGGUCUGCAGCUGAAACCGCAGCCGCACUUGGAGGGAGCAGAGGGACUCCAUCCUAGAAACGCAUGCGUCUGCUGCUUUUAGCAGAGGGGGAACCCUUGUCCCGAAUAAGAGAACUUGACUUCAUGGUGAGGACAGGAGCAAGAAAAGUGAAAAGGCUGUUCUGUUUCAGGAAGAAGUGUGAGGGAGAAUGCUGGGUGCCCUGCCCUUUCAUCUAUGAAGGGAAUGUGAAAUAAAAGUGAUCCAAAGCAAGUGAGUCAGGAGAUGUGGAACACAGACCGAAGAGAAGUGCUUUGAAAGGUGAAGGGCUUUGUUCUUUCUGCUGGAGGGACAAUGCUAAUAUUUUCUAUUGUAACUUGUGAGUUGACUAUAAAAUCAGAUUUUACAUUUUCUUUUGGUUUCACACAUCUCUUUCCCAAAAAGUGUUCAUGAAAUGUCCCCUUGUAGACUAUUUCUUCACAUGGCUAUAAGCAGGCAAGUCACUGUUGGGACAUUUUGCAUUUUGUUUAUUGCCAGGCUAGGACCGAAUCCUUGUAAGCCAGAGACAUUACCAUCAUACAAUUAUUUGGUAGUAAAUAAGUCUGAAAUUUUCUCAAACUGCUGGUAUCUUGCUGUCAAAUGAACAAAUAUUGUGAACCAAAUCAACAAGAAUGAUUAACAAUAUUUGUUCAUUUGACAACAAGGUACCAGCAUUUUGAGAAGGGGAAAAAAAUAUUAACCUUACCGAGAGGUGUCAGAAGUGCUUGAAAAUUGUUGCAUCACAAACAUACAUUCAACAAAAUAUAGAAUGCAGUUAUAUAUAAAUAUUUUUUUUUAAACGGUAAGUCAUGUUGAAGUCAUCUUGCUCCCUAAAUACUGUAUCUGGGCAAUUCCACGGUAGCAGUAACACUGAGACGCCGAUGUUUCACUUUAAAAUGUAUGCCAAACAAAAAACCUAUGAUUGCAAAGUUAAACAAAGCAUACAACUCUAUGCACAAGAACUUGUUUAAAAAUUUCCGCAGAACAUUGCAUAUGCAAAGUUUGGUAACCGAAUUACAGCACAAAUUGUCAUUCUGUUACCAAACUUUGCAUCGGCACUGUUCUGUGUUUUUGUAACAUUUUCAGUUGGAAUUGUAAAAACUUUAAAAAAAACCUGAAAGUGUUGAAUAAAAAUGAAAUGGUUGAAGUGUUUCCAUUAUCCAUUUAGGCAAAUUGCACUUGACUAAAUUGGCGACAGCCUGUAUGCCCUCCCACCUAUCUGUUCCAUGUCUCAGGUAGACCAAGUUAUCUGGAUAGAAUGCAAUAGUUGACCAAUAUUUGCCGUAGUCUUUUUUAAAUAUUUAUAUAUUUUUGGGGGGUACAUUUUACCCCUUUUUCAUAAUAUCCAAUUGGUAGUUAGUCUUGUACCGUCGUUGCAACUCCCGUACGGACUUGGGAGAGGCGACGGUCCAGAGCCCUGCGUCCCCUGAAACAAAACCCUGCCAAGCCACACUGCUCGCUUAACCAGCCGCACCAGUGUGUUGGCGGAAACACAGUCCAGCUGGCGACCGCAGUCACCGUGCAAGCGCCUGGCCCGCCACAAGGAGUCGCUAGAGCGCGAUGGGACAAGGAUAUCCCGCCGGCCUAACCUGGACGACGCUGGGCCAAUUGUGUGCCGCCUCAUGGGUCUCCCGGUCGCCUGCGACACAGCCAGCGAUGCAGUGCUUUAGACCGCUGUGCCAAUCGGGAUGUCUUAUUUGCCAUAUUCUAAUCAUAAUCGUGCCAAUGUAUCGCCACGGUCCGUGCCAUGGUGACUCCUGUAGAUCUGUAAUAAUUGGAUGGUGAAACUUGCAUCCAGCCAACCAGAAAAGCAGGGCGAAGCAAUUCAGGGAAUUUUGAAAGUCAAAACAGUCCUUGUUCUGCAAAUAAACAUUUUUUAAAUUGAAAAAUAGAUUUAGCAAGCAGUAGGCAUUUACAAUGAAAUGUGGAGUGGAGCUUUUAUAGUUACGUGUAUUACAUGCCCGCAUACAUUAAAAAUUAUUUGCCCAUCCAUAAUUCAUUUGAAAAAGUUUCCCUAAUUUGUUGCAAUAAAUCAAGUUAGACGACAGAAAAAUCCACCCAUGUCAAACGGAUAAUAAUUCUCAUAUCUGCUGUUUCCAUUACACAUGGCACAUUCUUUUGAUGUGACAUUGCUUGGUCAAUGGAAACCUGCCUCGUGUCACUUACCGUACUGUGGAAUUGCCCGUCUACUCUCACGUAUAUAAAAAAAAAAAAGUUAAAUUGUAUUCACCCAUGGCUCAGAUUUCUUACUGAUUUUGUAUGUCAAAAUUUGCAUUUAAUUUGAAAAAAUGCUACAUUUAUUCUUUAAGCAAUUGUUUUGUUAUCGUUAUAUUUGUGAGAGAUACAACCUCUCUGUCUCUUCUAAAUCCACAUGAAAUCAAUCAUCUGUUUACUAUACCUUUUUUGAUGUCAAUGUAAAUUAUCAUAGAGAAGCAGGUUGGCAUUUAUUGUCAUGAGUCUUUCACCAGGAGGCAGCGAUUCUGCAGAGGUCACUAUAGCUGGCACAGCCACAAAGUCAUAAGAUCUGAUUUUAAACCUAACCUUAACCACACUGGUAACCCUAAUGCCUAACCUUAAAUUAAGCCCAAAAAGCAAAUAUUUGUUUUCAUGAAUUUUUCAAUAUAGCCAAUUUUGACUUUGCAGUUGGCCCAUCUAGUGGAAUUUACUCUGACAUUAUUUGCUCUGACGUUAUUUUGGAAUUUGAAAUGGAAAAAAUGCUAAUUUAGAUAAUGAAAUGCAUAAAUCAAACUUUCAGAAAAAGAAAGACAAACGUUUUGAGUUUAUCAAUAUUGAUUCAGUACUAUCUUUGAUCUGCUUUCCAAGUCAUCUCAAAUUUUACUACAAUUGCUCAUUUUGUUUCGUGCAAAUGUUCAAGACCAAAAUAAUUGGUGAUUUAUUUUGGACCAAAUUUUCAGGGCAUGUCUGCGUUAAGGAUUAUAUUAUGUUUGGCUGGCAUAGAUUAAUCUUUGUCCACAGUUCAAUAGCCUACAAUCAGACACAAUUUAGCAUGGUUAAGUGCUACCCCAGUUAAGAGCCUCCGAUACUUACUUUAGGAAGUUAACAUUGAGCAAAGACUGCCAUUUGAAUAUUUAAUGCAGUUCCCCUCAUUUUGUAAUUUAUUGGUAAAUGAAUGUUAUAGCCUACAAGAUGAGCAUUUUUCACACUUUUGCAGAGCAGCCAUUACAUUUUUUAUGGAAGAUGAAACCGCUUUCAAAAAUCACUCUUGAUAAUAAACUCUAGUUAAUAAAAUGAUCAGUGACAUUCCCCUUUACAUGGUCAUUUAAUAAAAUAGCUAGUCCUAAUUGGUGCUAAAAUCUUAUCUUGGUACAUAAAAGGUUCUGUCUGGUAGUUUGAAGUAAGAAUGCCAGAAAUUAGGAUUGUUUAGCAAUUUGACACAUGCCAUCUUUUAUUUUAGUAUCAGUUUUACUGCUACCUUUUCUUGCUAACCCAAUUAUCUUUAGAUAGAUAGUUGUAUAAAAAAAAGUCCCCUCGGCCAACUGAAGUUAUUGAGGAGUUUCCCAUACCAACCCUUGGGCACAUGUCAGAAAAGGACACACCACACUUUAAAGCCACUGUUACGAUGGGAUAUGUUUUUCUAAUGGAAUAUAGCAAAGUUGCAAACUGGUAUCUAUUGUACACAGUGUACAAAACAUUAGGAACACCUUUCUUAUAUUGAGUUGCACCCCCUUUUGCCCUCAGAAGAGUCACAAUUCGUCGGGCAUGGACUCUACAAGGUGUCAAGUAUUCCACAGGAAUACUGGCCCAUGUUGACCCCAAUGCUUCCCACAGUUGUGUCAAAUUGGCUGGAUGUCCUUUGGGUGGUGGACCAUUGUUGAUACACACGGAAAACUGUUGUGUGAAAAACCAGCAGCAUUGCAGUUCUUGGCACCUACUGCCAUACCUCAUUCAAAGGCACUUAAAUAUUUUGUCUUGCCCAUUCACACUCUGAAUGACACAUACACAUUCUAUGUCUCAAUUAUUUCAAGGCUUAAAAAUCCUUCUUUACUCCGUCUCCUCCCCUUCAUCUACACUGAUUGAAGUGGAUUUAACAGGUGGGAUCAUAGUUUUCACUGGUAUUCACCUGGUCAGUAUGUCAUGGAUGGAGCAGGUGUUCCUAAUUUUUUUGUGCACUCAGUAUAUAGGUUCUAUAUUCGUUUUUAAAUAUCUGACUUAAGAUAGAUUGCAUGUCUGAUCAUGAUCCCAGAAACUUGAGACAACUUUUGUAACCUGUAGAUAAUUCAUUAGGUUAUAUUUAAUUUGCUUUGCAAUUUUUUUACUGCAUUUUUCUUGCGUAGUGCAAGCAAAUGGGACUGUUCAUGAAUUGGAGAGAUGUGUAUUGUCAACACCAUACAGCUGAUUGGCACUUUAUUUUUUAACUGUUUAAAAUAUUUAGCUGUACCACACAAACAUUAGUCAAAUCCACCACUCAGAAAUCUAGGACAUAAAAGCAAAAAAUGCAUCACAUUGCUGUCGACCAUUUUAUUUUGUAAUUAUUUUGUGUUGACCAAGAAAGAGAUUGUGGUAUUAUGUGAAUAUGAACAUGGUUAUAGGUGAUGGGUACAUUUUAAUGUCUGUAAAAAAAAAUAAAGUUCUUUAAAAAUC